AGGGGUUUCCAGAGGGCCCAAGACCAAGAUUAGGGGCUCAGAAGAUUGCUGGGCUCAGAUUUGGGAUGUGGCUGCUCCUGGACAGACCCCGAGCGUUCCCAGGAGCCUGAUCCAGAAGGUCCCAUGGAGCAGCAGGGGACAAUUCCAGCCUCUCCUGGCGGCGAGGGGACCCCCCAGCCCCCCGAGGGUGGGGACGGAAUUCCCGGUGUUGGGGACACAAUUCCCGGUGUUGGGGACACAGUUCCCGGUGUUGGGGACACAGUUCCCGGUGUUGGGGAUGGAAUUCCCGAUGUUGGGGACACAGUUCCCGGUGUUGGGGACGGAAUUCCCGGUGUUGGGGACACAGUUCCCGGUGUUGGGGACACAGUUCCCAAUGUCAGCCGGGAGAGCCCCGCUCCGGCCGGGGAAGGUGUCGGGGCUGGAUCUGGGCAGCGGGAGGGGGUGUCCGGCCCCGAGGGACCCCCGGGGGGCUCCCCCGAGGGGCCACGGGAGGAGCAGCCCCUGCAGGAGGGGGGGUCCCCGCUCGGGGGGUCCCCGGGAGCCGCAGCCGAGCCCCCCCGGGCCCGGCGCCCCGGGCGGGACGAGGAUUUUUACUGCGUCAAGUGGAUCAGCUGGAAAGGGCAGCGCACACCGGUGGUCACCCAGAGCGAGAACGGGCCCUGCCCGCUCCUGGCCAUCAUCAACAUCCUCCUGCUGCAGUGGAAGGUGAAGCUGCCCCCGCAGAAGGAGGUGAUCACGGCCGAGGAGCUGAUGGCACAUCUGGGGAAUUGCAUCCUGGCCACUCAACCCCGCGACACCUCGGAGGGGCUGCAGCUGAAUUUCCAGCAGAACAUCAGUGACAGCAUGACGGUCCUGCCAAAGCUCUCGACGGGGCUGGACGUCAACGUGAGGUUCACGGGGGUCUCAGACUUCGAGUACACCCCCGAGUGCAUCGUCUUCGACCUCCUCAACAUCCCGCUCUACCACGGCUGGCUGGUGGACCCCCAGAGCCCGGAGCAGGUCCAGGCCGUGGGCAAGCUCAGCUACAACCAGCUGGUGGAGAAGAUCAUCACCUGCAAACAGGCCAGCGACUCCAGCCUGGUGAGCGAAGGGCUGGUGGCCGAGCAGUUCCUGGAGUCCACGGCGUCGCAGCUGACGUUCCACGGGCUGUGCGAGCUCACGGCCCGGGCCCGCGAGGGCGAGCUCGGCGUCUUCUUCCGCAACAACCACUUCAGCACCAUGAUCAAGCACAAGGGUCACCUUUACCUGCUGGUGACGGACCAGGGCUUCCUGCAGGAGGAGGGGGUGGUGUGGGAGAGCCUGCACAGCGUGGAUGGGGACAGCUGCUUCUGUGACACCGAGUUCCACCUCAGCCAUGCCCCGGGCAAGGACGGGGCCACCGCGGGCCCCCCGGAGCACCGGCUGCAGCAGAGACAAGUGGACCAGGAUUUCAUGGUGGCCCUGUCCCUGCAGCAGGACCCUGCCUCGGCGCUCAGCGACCUGGAGCUGGCGCGGCAGCUGCAGCACGAGGAGUACCAGCAGCACCAUCCUCAUCCUCACCCCGCUCCUCCUCAGCCGGCGCAGGCGAGCGGGCGUCCGGCCGGAGAGCGGUGGCAGCGGCCGAGGCCGGAUUUGGACUGUGCCCUGCUGUAGCACCUGGUGUCCGGGGUCCCCACGCCCGCAGCCCCCCGAGCGCCCACCCUGCAUCCUCCAGGGAGCUCUGUGGGGUCCCUGCAGGCCGGAGUGGACACAACGAUGAGGGGUGACCGUCUGAGGCCACCCCAGGACCACCCCAAACUUCCCAGUGGCCUUAACACAGGGGGGUCCCGCUCAGGGUGAGCCCCCUCAGGGGGUCCCACACCUCAGUCCAUGCUCUGGGCCAUGGGUGGGUGUGGGGCUGGGGGCACAUGUGCACCCCCCUGUUCAAAAUGUGGCCUUAGCCCUUGGCAAGUAAAGGACUUG